GAUGCACAUUUAACUCAGGUCAUCACUGUGCAAGCAUUAGCAAUUACUCUAAAAAGAGGAAGGGUAAUAUCUUCUUUUUGUGAGCAUGGCUUUUCGAGGUGUAUCAUUUCCUGUCGUUCUCUAUACAGCUUUGGCGGUAUUGUCGUCGGUCAUCAUAACAGGAUCAAGUGCAGACUCCUGCAACCCUAGCCCCUGCCUGCAUGGUUCAUGUUACCAGGGUCCUAUCAGCCUUUACAAGUGCGUCUGUCACCAGGGCUGGAUUGGUGAUGACUGUGAUCAAAUCGCUGCGAGUACUCCGGGUCCUUGUUCCCCAAACCCUUGCCUCCAUGGAACAUGCAUGAGCCAGGGAACGAAUUUCACGUGCACCGCGUGUCAAAGCGGCUUUACAGGGCCGAACUGCAAUCAAGUUGUUACGUCGCCUGAUCCCUGCAAGCCAGAUCCAUGUGUGCACGGGUCAUGUAUUUCUAACGGAAGCACAUCCUAUUGUCAAUGUUCACAAGGGUACACGGGAACAACCUGUGCCACAGUUACCGCUUCAGUUGUUACGUCGCCUGAUCCCUGCAAGCCAGAUCCAUGUGUGCACGGGUCAUGUUUUUCUAGCGGAAGCACAUCCUACUGUCAAUGUUCACAAGGGUACACGGGAACAACCUGUGCCACAGUUACCCCUUCAGUUGUUACGUCGCCUGAUCCCUGCAAGCCAGAUCCAUGUGUGCACGGGUCAUGUUUUUCUAGCGGAAGCACAUCCUACUGUCAAUGUUCACAAGGGUACACGGGAACAACCUGUGCCACAGUUACCCCUUCAGUUGUUACGUCGCCUGAUCCCUGCAAGCCAGAUCCAUGUAUGCACGGGUCAUGUCUUUCUAGCGGAAGCACAUUCUACUGUCAAUGUUCACAAGGGUACACGGGAACAACCUGCGCCACUGGAACGGACCCCUGUAGUUCUAACCCCUGUGUUAACGGCGUUUGUUAUCACAGUAACAAUGACUUCACGUGUGUGUGCUCAAAGGGCUUCAUUGGAAAGACCUGCAGUCAAAAGGCCGACCAAUGCAGCAGCAGCCCAUGCGUUCACGGAACAUGUUUUUCAGGCCCGAACAGUCACGUGUGCCAGUGUGACCCAAACUACACUGGAACAAACUGCGACCAACAUAUGGACGCAUGCAGCAGCCACCCAUGUGUCCACGGAAUGUGUUCUUUGAGCUCCUCUGGUUACGUGUGUAGUUGCCUGAGUGGAUUUACGGGGCUAAACUGUGACACGCCUAUUGGUCCAUGUGAUUCUAGUCCAUGUCGACACGGAUCUUGCCUAAGUAACGGCCAUGAUUAUGUUUGCCAGUGUCAAACAGGGUGGACUGGAAAAGAUUGUGACGUGUAUAUGCCUACAGAUCCCUGCUAUGCGAACCCUUGUGUCCAUGGAUUGUGUUUCAGUAGCUCUUCUAGCUACUUUUGUAAAUGUCCAGCAGGAUUUACCGGGCAGAAUUGUGAUCAACCUGACAAUCCAUGCAUACCGGAUCCAUGUAACGGCCAUGGUAACUGUGCGCGGUCAUCCGGAGGGAGUGGAUACGCAUGUACUUGUUUCUAUGGAUACACUGGAUUAACCUGUGCUGCAGGCUUCGGUGGCCCCGGAAUUCUCUCUCCAGGCGACUGCGUUGUAAGUCCAUGGGGACAGUGGUCUGCGGUGGCUGGAUUCGGAUCACAGGAUAGACAGAGGGUCGUUGUCAAACAGCCAUCACCAGGGGGCAAACAAUGCCCUCCAUUGUCGGAAAGUAGACACACCAACCAGUCCUGUGGCCCCAACUGUCAAGCAACAAACCUGGUGUCCAACUUUAUGACGCCUACUGGAUUAGGCUCGACAGGUUAUGGAAAACUACGGGACCUGCUUAUUAUUCUUGACUCUUCUGGAAGUAUCGGACCAUCUGACUUUGACAAUGCUAAAACACAGCUCAGUCGCCUCGUCGGAAUGUUUUGUCCUACUCCUGAUCCAUUUGCCGGAGAUCACCAGAAGGCAGCUUUGCUCGUAUUUGAUCAUGGAGUUGAUGAAAUAUUUGAUUUUGACGAUAUGCACGAUACAAAUGAAGUACAGGCAAAGAUUCGCAGUGUUUUUUACCAUGGUGGUGGAACUCGUACAGAUUUUGCUUUAGAGUAUGCCAGAACUCAUAUGCUUACUGCCACUAAAGGAAUGCGCUUUCGUGCAGACGUCACGCAAGAGAUUCUUUUGAUCACUGAUGGUUUGUCAAACGUCCCAGCUGAAACGUUAAAAGAGGCAUACCAGUUGCAACAAUAUGCCAAGGUCUACGCUCUUGCCAUUGGUGUCAGGACCCCGGAUGGACAGAAUGAGAUAACCAACUGCGCCUCGUCACCUCCGAGUCGGCACAUAUUCAGUAUCCCAGGCUUUGACGACCUUAAAACACUCGUUGAUGAGAUUCAAAGGCAGCUUCAAAAUACCCAGUGUGCUCGAUUUCAGUAUUGAUUCUUGGUGUGUCUGUAUUAUAUAUCUUAGUACAUUGUACCAAGGUGACCUGGAUAAAUAAACAUGUUCAAUAUU